AUGGCAGACUCGCCAAUGCAGAUGGAAGACGAUGUUUCUCUUGAAACGCCUGCCAAUGACGUAUUCCUUGCGCCCUCAAUUAAUCGCGAACUCCUCCUCACUGGCGCCUCAUAUACCCAUUUUUCAACUGUCCCUCCAACACUACUCCCCACUUCAGACCCCAAUUCUCAAUCUAAUGACCCUCCGCAACCAGGACCACCAUGCGCCUUAGGAGUCGAUGAAGCUGGACGUGGUCCUGUUUUAGGUCCUAUGGUAUACGGCCUCUUUUAUCUUCCACUCCCCUUAUCCGAUCCUCUCCUCCGCAAAACGCACCAUUUUGAUGACAGCAAAGUCCUCACUCCAACUGUACGCUCGAAUCUCAUGGAAAAGCUAUGCACUCCAGAUUCGGACCUUUAUACACAAUGCGGAUGGGCCGUCGAAGUUAUGUCCGCACGAGAUAUCGGCGCCAACAUGAUGAAGCCGACUGGAACAUACAACCUGAAUGCUCAAGCUAUGGAUGCUACCAUUGCCUUGAUCCAAGGGGUUUAUAAAAGAGGUGUCAAUAUCAAGGAGAUUUAUAUCGACACCAUCGGAAGCCCAGCGACGUAUCAGAAAAAGCUUGAGAGGGUGUUUCCGACUGCGAAGAUCACGGUUGCGAAGAAGGCUGAUAGUCUUUAUCCAUGUGUGAGCGCUGCAAGUGUUUGCGCCAAAGUUACAAGGGAUGUCGCUCUGGAGGUAUUGUAUGAGAGCUACAUAAAUAAAACUGACGAGGAGGAUGGCGAUGGCGAGCUGAGCGCAGCGAAGGUCCCAGAGGAAGCGUCUUGGGGAUCUGGAUACCCCUCAGAUGCCAGGUGUACAUCGUGGCUGAAGAGAAAUGUGGAUCCAGUUUUUGGCUGGGGAAGCGAAUGCCGUUUCAGUUGGGGAACGGCAAAGGACAUGUUAGAUUUGAAGAAUGUUGCUGCGAAGGUGGAAUGGCCAGCUGAGGGAGAUGAUGAUACUAUUCCCUUAACAGACUAUUUCAGUGCUGCAAAAGAGAAGGAUACGGAUGAGCUUGGGUCAUGGUUUGGACAUUCCGUGACGACAGAGAUAUUUUAG